AUGCCCCGCACCCGUUCACGCGCCAAGACGGCAUCCCCGCCGUCGCCGCCGGAGGCGGCGGCGGGUUCCCCGCAGCGCACCCCCGUGCCGUCCCCAUCCACCUCCCUCCGCCUCGGCAUCGGCCCCGCAUCCCCCGACGACGACAGCGCCGGAUCCCUCGACCUCAAGAAACCCGUCGCCGCGCCUCCCCGACACAGCCUGCGCCUCGCGGGCGCCGCCCUCCGCCUCGGCCUCGGCCCCGCCUCCCCCGAGGACGACGACGUCGGCGCCGGAUCCCCCAACCUCAGCCCCCACGCCGCCACGCCUCUCCGACGCAGCCUGCGCCUCGCCGGCGCCGCCGCGGGUAGUCCAAACACUCCCUCCGCGCGAGACGGCAGUUCCUCCGGGUCCGGGUCUGGCGGGGGCGAGAAGAGGGUGGGGAGGGCCCGUGCUCGAGUCUCCGCCUCUUCGCUUGGUACUACCGUCUCGCCGAGGACCGGGAACUCCAGUAGCGACGGCGGCGGGUCGGGGGCGGAUAGGGCUUUGGCGAGCGGCCACGGUUCUGGCGGUUCGGAUCCGUUCACGAUCCUGCGGUCACUGUCUCGGAUCGGGAAGCGGCGGAUGGAGGCGGGCGCUCAGGCGGGUGGGGAGGUGGGGGUUGGGUCGUCUCGUCGAGGCCAGGUGCAUGACGAAAUGCUGCACCGGGACGUGGGGACGCCGACGAAGCGGUGCAAGACCAUAUUGGUUGGUGGAGUGCAGACAGAGUAUGUGUCUGAUACAGAUAGCGAUUCUGACGAUGAUUGCAAGAUUCUGGGUUCAAGUUGGAUCAAACCCAGUCCUGUUGCUAUGAACAUGGAUAGGACUGAAAAGGGGGAUGUGGAUGAUCCUGCCAAUGCAAGCAAUGGGGAGUCUCUGCAGACACAUAAUCUGUUACGGACAGCAAAUGGUGGGGUGGUUGAGCAGUUAGUAUAUCCUUCAGGAAGUCCUUCAAGUUUUGAAGCAAAAGUCUCUGCAGUUAUGUAUUUCAAUGAAGAUUCGAGCCAAUACAGUUCUAGAAAGGAAGUCAAAGUGAAAGAGAAGCUUGUCUUGGGGAAUAACAAUUCUCGUGCUGAUGCUAAUGUGGGCUCUGCAGUCGGUACCAGUUCCAGCAAAUUCAAUCCUGAUCGCAAAGGAAAGGGAAAGAUGGUUGUAGAAGAUAGUCUAUCAUCUCUGAGCUCAAUUGAGGACAAGCCAGAUUUCGAUGCAGUGGAUUCCAAAGAGAUUCAGCACAACUUAGGAUCAGUUUCUGCUUCUAUGGAGUCACAUCGCAGACAAACAGCAAAAGAGAGGGCUAUCAGGCUGGCCCCUAAAUUUGCAUUCUUCAAAGCAGAUAAAGAUGAGCAUAGUGAAGAUGAUGAAGAAGAAGAGCUACAGGCUGAUCCUGACGCUCAGGACUGGCCAGGCCCAUUUGCAACUGCUGCAAGGAUAUAUGAAGAAAGAGAAGCUAAGUUGAGAGCUCGAGAGUUGAAUUCUUCAAAGGUGGGCAAAUCUGCAAAUAGGGUCAUUGUUUGGUCUCCUUCAAAGGAUAGGAAAAAUCCAGCACGAGCUCAAGCCCCGUCACUUACAAGCUUAUGCUUAAACACCCUUGCGGAACAUUCUGAAUGUAUUGAAUCACUUGGAGGUAUCCCAGAGGAGCUAAAGAAUAAGCUGUUAAAGAUUCUGUGUCAUUCCAGGAAGAUGAAGACUCAUCUUCUCCAUGAACUACUGUGUGACAGUCCUACAGAACUGCAUCUCAGUGAGUGUUCAUGGCUGAGUGAGGAUGACUUUGAGAAAACUUUUGAGAAAUGCAGCACUGAAAGCUUGCAGGAUCUACAGCUUGAUAUAUCUGGGAGAUGCAUGCCUGAUUACAUAUUGCCAUCUACCUUAGCUAAGGUUCCUAACUGCAUGCCAUUGUUGAGAAAAAUAUCUCUGAAGGGAAAUUAUCGGCUUUCUGAUAAUGGUUUAGGCACAAUCAUCUCUGCUGCACCUUCUUUAUCCUCCCUAAAUCUGUGCGAGUGUUCUCUUCUCACUUCAUCUGGAAUCGAUGUUCUUGCAAACAAGUUACAUUCAGUUCUUAGAGAACUGUAUAUAGAUGAAUGCACAAACGUGGAUGCUUUGGCGAUUCUUCCUGCUCUACAGAAGAUUAAUCAUCUAGAGGUUUUAUCAAUGUCCGGAAUACAGUCCGUGUGUGACAAGUUUGUGAAAGAGCUCAUUGCUGUUCAUGGUUCAAAUCUGAAAGAGUUAGCAUUUGCUGGUUGCUUGGAACUUACUUCAUCUUCCAUCAAGACUAUUGGGGAAUACUGUCAAGAAUUAACUUCGUUGGACCUCCGCAACUUGGAUAGGCUGCGUGACUCAGCAAUGAGGCAUCUUCGUGGCUGUAGGCUAAUAAGGAAACUAAAGCUUCAAAGAAAUGCAUUCAGUGAUGAAGCUGUGUCUCGAUAUUUGGAAGAAUCUGGAGGAUGCCUGACUGAGUUAAUGCUAAACAAUGUUAAGAAGGUUGGAGACCUUACUGCCCUUGCAAUUUCUCGCAAGUGUUCUGUUCUAUUGGAGGCCCUGGAUCUUUCCUUCUGCCGUGAACUGACAGACGAAGCUUUGGGGCUGAUUGUCGACAGCUGCCCAACAUUGAGGAUUCUUAAGCUAUUUGGUUGUACCCAGGUCACGGAUUUGUUCCUCAAGGGUCACUCAAACACAUCGGUCAAAAUCGUCGGAAUAGAAGGGAGCAUACUCGUGCAAAUGGAUAACCGUUAG